AUGGGUGUUGAGCGAUUGGUGGACAGAGGUGAUCUGUGGGUAGAAAGUGCUCGGUCUUUGAAGCUUCGUCUCAGAAACCGUUUCAGAGUCACCGUGGACCAGCACCGUUGCCGCCCGAUGUUCUUCGAUGGCUAUUUCUCGUCUAUUAUGCGACGGUGGCUUCAACGCUUUCGCGAUUUUCGGAGUGACUCCUUGACUUCUUCCGCUUUCUACCGUAAGAGAGUUAGUAAGGACAUUGCUGCAGAAGAAGAUUCAGUCCUCACGCGCAUACUUCAAGCUGUGGCUGUCCCAGUCAUUGGAAAUGUUUGCCAUGUUUUUAUGCAUGGCCUUAAUCGUGUCCAAAUAUAUGGUGCAGAAAAACUUCAUCAGGCAUUGCUCCAUAGACCGAAAAACAAGCCUCUUAUUACGGUGAGCAAUCAUGUUGCCUCAAUGGAUGAUCCACUUGUAAUUGCUUCCCUGCUUCCUCCAAGUAUUUUAUUUGAUGCUCAUAGCUUGAGAUGGACACUUUGCGCAACUGAUCGGUGUUUUCGUAAUCCAGUCACAUCUGCAUUCUUUAAGUAUGUCAAAGUUUUACCUGUUUCUCGUGGAGAUGGGAUAUAUCAAAAG